AUGGCUUUCGACGAAGGUACUGUUAUAAAGUUGUCCUCCGAUGGCACUACUCCCUCGAUUGUUGUCCUUGAUUAUGGACGCAAUGUCGAAGGAUAUGCUACCUUCAAUGUCUCUAAGAGGUCUGGGGACACUUCUGCCUUCGAAAUGACAUACAAUACUGAUCUUAUCUAUGGCGACGGUCCGCUGCCGUUGGCUGCUGCUAUGGACACCUACAGAGUUAACCGAUACAACAUCACUGAACAGAAGACUUAUAGCAACCGCCUUAUCCAAGGGGGUCUGCGAUACCAGAAGCUGAAUCUGUCUAGUGCAGGCGAAGUCGAGCUGGCCAGUAUCGGGUUUAAACCUACAGUGUCUAACACACCUAUCACUGCUCUUCCGGGCUCCUUUAACUGCUCUGAUCCUGUUCUGAACCGUAUCUGGCAAGUCGGUGCACGCACAACGCAACUGACAGAAAUACCUGCCAACAGCUUGCCGGAAUUCUGGGUUAUAACCGAUGAGGGAGCCUUUAUCGAUAGCUUAGCGCCCCAGCCAUUCAAUGCUGAUUUUGCCACGGCCAUGACUGCCUACGAUCUCGAAUUUUCUGUCAAGCCUGUGACAAAUGGCUUUGGGUUUACUAUCUUGAGCGACACCCUUGGCAAUGGAGUUUAUAUCUUUGUGAAUGUUGCCAAUUCUUCAAUAUCUGCCCAUAUUGGAUCGACUGAGCGUUCGGAACCUAUUGCCUCUGCCAGCUUGCCGUCGAAUAUCACUUUGGACACAUGGCAUAUAGUCCAUAGUAGAGUACAAGUGACUCAAAUCUCAGUUCAGAUCGAUGGUGUGACUGUCCUGAACUUUUCUCAGUCUGCUGCAUUCUACGGAUCCUUUGGAUUGGGCGCAUCUCUAGGUCAUUCAGCUGUUUUCACCAACGUUGCCUUAAGGGCUUUCGGACAGAAUAUGUACAAUUCGCCUUUGAACGACUCAUCUGCCCUAGAGGACUUUCUCCUUGGUACAAAUCCCUUGCCUGUCAGCGUUGACGGUUCUCGUCGUGACCGUAUUGCCUAUACAGGAGACUUGGAUAUGGCUACCGGUACAACCUUCGCCAGUACAUACGGCCAUGAAUAUAUCAACGGCAGUAUAGAGCUGCUGGGCUCAUUCCAGAUGCCACCGGGGUUCUUUGUCCCAACUGCCAAAGUACAACAGGCUCCUCGCACGACUGAGAUCAACGCUAAUAUCACCGGUCUAAUUGGAUAUUCAUUUAGUAUUGUUAGUGCCAUGGCGCGCUUCUAUGAACAGACUGGCGAUGUUGGUUUCCUGACCCAUUGGGCACCUAAGACAGCUCGUAUGCUGGAUUGGGCUCACUCCCAAACACUCCCCAACGGUCUGUUUAAUGUUACUAAUUCGGCUCUCGGUGGUGAUUGGAAUUAUUAUGAUCCUGCCUUGGACGGUGUGGUCAGCAAGUUCAACCUGAUUUACGCUUAUGCGCUCAAACAGUGGCUUCCAUUUAUGGAUGAUGCCGGUUUGAAUACUACGCUGUAUGCUGGGCGUCUGCACAACCUGCAAGAUGCCAUCAACAAGCAUCUUUGGAGUGAUACACUACAGGCGUAUUAUAUGUCUGAUUCUCACAGAAACUUUCUAUCCCAGGAGGCAAACGCGCUUGCUGUGCUCACUGACACGGCCACAUCCGGAAAUCAAACCUGGAAAACAGUUCUUUCGACAAUGUCCCGGGAACUUUAUGUACCCUCGGGAGCUCUUGCCUUCUCUAACAAGAGUGUCGAAAGUGGAUGGGCGCAGAAGAUAAGUCCUUAUGCGUCUGGAUAUCAUUUGAGAGCUGCCUUCCAUGCCAAUGACAGUGCGAACGCCAAGUAUCUUCUCCAUAGUGUAUGGGGCCCUAUGAGCGAUCCAUCACAUACCAAUUACACUGGCUGCAUGUGGGAAGUACUGGCGGCCGAUGGUACUCCUGGACUUGGGUCUAGUACAUCCUUGUGUCAUGCUUGGAGCUCAGGACCUACGGCUGAUUUGAGCCGGUAUGUCCUUGGGGUUCAGCCUGUGACUCCGGGAUUCAAGGAGUGGAAGGUUGUUCCCCAAUCGUUAGACCUCGACUGGACCAAAGGAGCCUACCCUGUUCCCGGAGGUAGAAUUAAUGUAGACUGGUCAUUUGACAGCAAUGAUUUGCUACACAUGACUGUUACCGCCCCUAAUGGUAUCAAAGGCAUGGUCUAUCUCCCUAGUCCUCUGAAGAAGACUUUGCAUAAAUACAAUGCCACAGGCUUCCUUUCGGAUGAAAAGGAUUAUUUCACCGUCCAAGGUGGAGAGAUAUUUUCAAUUCAUCAAAUGGACUAG